AUGGCACGUGGUCCUGCUCUUGCAAGAAUAAGGAGCUGCACGACUUGUCAGGUGCUUCUUGCCAAAUUGUUGCUCCUACAUCAAGGGGUCCUUGUAACCACAGCAUCCGCUUCUGCCGAGUUCGAAAUCGUCGACAAAACGCCCUUCCCAUGCCUUGGCCGUGACGACUACAGCGAUGCUGAAGUCACCUCGUGGAUCGACCAACAUCUGAGUCCUUUUCCUGGCAAUCCUUCAAGCAAGCGUGGACGCAAGAUGCUCUUGCUCAUGGGGGGCAGUGGAGCCGGGAAAACAACACUCGUGCAUCUUCUGAAGGAACAUGUGAAACCAGAGAAGGACUUUGCUCAGAAGUUUGUACUGCAUGGUUUGGACGAGUACAUCAGAUACCUACCAGAAUAUCAGAAAAGCCUGGCAGUACCGGGGAAAAAAUUCAAAGAUGCAGCAGACGGGUGCUACUCAGCAGCCAUUAGAAUCGCGAAAAGAGCGGAAGUGGUACCAGAAGCUUCUUGAAGAUGGAGACUGCUGAUGCACCUAUAAAACUUCUAUGGUUGUAGAAUUAGACACACCCGCUGGUAGACGCAGGACAGAAGACAGAUGUUGAUGAACAUGAAAGUACUACUCUAACUCUUUAGAAGAAUCUUCGGCUUACUGUUAAUCAUCGUGAUUCUACAACAUCCCACUCCCAGCAUUCCACACUCCCAGCAUUCCACAUAAAUCAGGAAAUCCUCAAACGUGGCGUUUCCUUGAUCUAUGAGGAGACUGGUAAAGACUUGGACCGCAUCCAAAAACGCGUGUUGCCUCCUUACGUCGCUGCUGGAUACCAGAUAUUUGUUGCCUUCGUUGCCGUCCCUGAGGAAACCGCUGUUCAACGUGCUAAUGUCAGAUUCGCACAAGAAGGACGUCACGCUGACACCGAGUACAUCUACAAGACGUUCCAGAACCUGCACAAACACUUCUUUGAUUAAGGCUUGUUCUUGUUGAAAAAGCUUGUAAGAUAAGAUUUUUUUUGACUCUCGGUCGGUUGUCUAAGGUUGAAAAAAUCAUUAUUUAUGUUUGACUUUUCGACGAGAGCUUCCUUGUUUGAAAUAAUCGUUCGACAUCACGUUCACGACUAGUUCUAGUUUUCAUCUUCUUCAUGCGACCAGCAGCAUGAAUCACGACCUUCUACAUUUACUUCAAGAACGGGGUUUUUUAGUUGCAGAAUUGGACUUCAAUUCAUUCUCCUAGCACCUAAACCUAUGCACCCAUGUCCUCGUCCUCACAUCUAAUUCCGACUCCAGCAAGACCAGCGCAUAGAGUUGAGUAGCCUUUACUGCGACAACAGUUGCUCGAAAUACAACCGGGAUAGACCGGACCGAUGCAUGUUGUGUUGGGAGGUUUUUCAGACUGGAAAAAGUCCAGAACAUACCGAUAAGAACUUGCGACAGCUAGCGAGGGACAACUUUUUGGGCUUGCCAAUCGUGAAAACGGCGGAUUGGAUCGCGAAGACGAGGGAACUGGAUUACAUCAUCGAUAGACAGAAGAUUGAACUGUAGAAGACCUGAAGAGGACGUUAUGUAGAAAUUGUGAAACGAAUAACAACAUAGCUCAGCAACUGCGAUAAAAAUGUGGGUUACACGAGUUGCGGUUGAGGAUCAAAGUCCUCUUCAAGAACAUCAAAUGAUCACGAACAACUAGGGUUUACAACUUCAAUAUAAUAAAUUGUGAAACGAGGAUUGAUGAUAGCGACCCCAUCCAUGAAAGGAUUGCUGAUGCAUGUUGGCAACUGCGCGCGCCUUUGACUUUGUCAUGCACCUUGAGCAGAUGCUGCGCCAAGUUCUUGUAGGCGGUUCGAAAUAUCGUGCUUCAUAUUUCCUCCAUACUACCUGGUUCGAAUUGUUCGCAAUGUGGCUAUGACGCUGUCUUCUGUGUCCACUUUCACUGAAAAGCC